AUGACCCCAGGCGUCCCGGCUCUUUUCUUCCUGACGUUACUUAUAGCGCAUGUAACAGGCCUUUUUGCCCUUCCAGGUCAAAACAGUGUCACCUCAUCUCAGGACACCAACAGUUCCUCAACCUUGACUACCACUGCAGUCCACGGUGGUGUCUCUGUCCCGGCCACCAGCUCCGCAGUGGACUCAGUCACCACCCCAGUCCACGGUGGUGCCUCUACCCUGGCCACCAGCUCCACAGUGGACUCGGUCACCACCCCAGGUCACAGUGGUGCCUCUGUCCCGGCCACCAGCUCUACGGUGGACUCGGUCACCACCCCAGGUCACAGUGGUGCCUCUGUCCCGGCCACCAGCUCCACAGUGGACUCGGUCACCACCCCAGGUCACAGAGGUGCCUCUGUCCCGGCCACCAGCUCUACGGUGGACUCGGUCACCACCCCAGGUCACAGUAGUGCCUCUGUCCCGGCCACCAGCUCCACAGUGGACUCGGUCACCACCCCAGGUCACAGUGGUGCCUCUGUCCCGGCCAUCAGCUCUACGGUGGACUUGGCCAGCACUCCAGUCCACAGUGGUACCUCUGCUCCAGCCACUAAUUCUACAAUGAACUCGGCUACCACUCCAGUCCACACCGGUUCCUCCAUCCAUACCACCAUGGCUAUAUCAGGCUCAGCCAACACUCCAAUCCACAAUGGCUCUUCGGUUCCAACUACCAGCUCUGCAUUGGGCUCAGCCACCAGCCCAGCCCACAAUAGUGCCUCAUCUAUGACUAAUAGUUCCGAAUCAAACUUGGUCACCACUCCAGUGUACAGUGGCACCUCAGUCUCUACUACCAAGGCUACUUUAGGCUCUGCCAUCACCCCAGUCCACAAUGGCUCCUUGGUGCCAACUACCAGCUCAGCUACCACUCCAAUCCAAAAUAACAGUUCUACAAUGGCUACUACAACUCCAGCUGGCAAUGGUACUCAAUCUCCAGCCCCAAGCCAGCACCCUGUUACUCCCAUCACCCUGGCCGUCUCUGGCAACAGCACCGUCCCCCUUAGCACAGUACUUUCCCUGGCCUUCUCCAGGAAUACUUCACCCCAAGUGUCGCUUGAGGUGUCUGUCUUCUUAUUGUCCUUCCACGUUUGGAACCAGCAGUUUAACUCCUCCCUGGAAGACCCCAGCUCCAACUACUACAAAGAACUGAAGCGGAACGUUUCUGAACUGUUUCUGCAGAUUUUUAAUGAAGAUUUUCUGGGGAUCUCUACUAUCAAGUUCAGGUCAGGCUCGGUGGUAGUGGAGUCGACUCUGAUUUUCCGGGAGGGUGCUGCCAGUGCCUCUGAGGUGAAGUCGCAGCUUUCACAGCACGCAAAGGAGGCAGAAGACUAUAAUUUGGCUAUCUCCAAAGUCACUGUGGAUGAGAUGCAGUUCCCUUCCUCUGCCCAAUCCUGGCCUGGCGUGCCAGGCUGGGGUGUUGCCCUGCUGGUGCUGGUCUGUGUUUUGGUUGCUUUGGCCAUCAUCUAUUUCCUUGCACUGGCAGUGUGUCAGUGCCGCCGAAAGAACUAUGGGCAGCUGGACAUCUUUCCAACCCAGGACACCUAUCAUCCUAUGAGUGAAUAUCCCACCUACCAUACUCAUGGACGCUAUGUGCCCCCUGGCAGUACCAAACGUAGCCCCUAUGAGGAGGUUUCUGCAGGUAACGGCGGUGGCAGCCUGUCGUACACCAACCCAGCAGUGGCAACCACUUCUGCCAACUUGUAG